AUGGUUAUCGAAUACGAAAAUGGUUUUGUAUUAAAUAGAACAUCAACCGACGACGGUGUUAUCGACAGCAGCGAUAUUUCGUCUGAUUUCGAUGAAGAAGAGCGUAUUAUUAAUCAUGUAAAUUCUAACCUGGAGCUCAUAACGCGUGACCAAGAUGGGAACUAUGUUAAUGUGGCACAGGAUCUUCAUGAUAGUUUCGUUAAACAUCGUCGAUUCAAUGCUGACCUUUUCCCCGGAUCAAAACUCGAAAUAAUUAAGUGGUCAGGUCAAGAAGUUCAUCGUCAUGAAGGUGGUGACUAUCCAAUUAGGCUUGAAGUUAAUGAUGACGGGUUUUUACUUUACUAUUUGGACAAAUGUGUUUCAUUGACGAAAGAAGGCAAUUUAUGGCUUCAAAAUAGCAUCAACUAUCCAUCUUUCUUUAAAUUCUUCUCAUUUCCUGACAGAAACAUUGCUGAAGAAUAUUUGAGAUCAGCUAACAAUGAAGGGGCUCCUAGGAAUCGCGUUGGAGGUUCACUGCCAAGUAAACCCGGUUUAGCUGAACCGACUGAAUAUAUAUUUUCGGAUGUUGUUACCUUGAUGACAGACAAAACCUCAAAGGAAUGUAUUCGUCCGUUAUUCUAUAAUUUACCCAGGGAACAAAUUAAUGAUUUUCACAUCAUGGCUGAAGAUUAUGAAACAUCCAUUUUGGAAUAUGACAUUGAACAUCUAGAAUACUCUAAAUUCAGGUAUAAAUUCAUUCCAAAAAUAUUGGAAAAUGAUGAUGAAAAAUUAGUUAAAUUUGAGGUGGACUAUCAUUCUAAAAUUAUCAAAAUUUCCACCCUCAAGAAUGAUUAUGAAUUUAAUUAUUCUGAACUCGAAAAUGGAGAAGGAAUAAUAAGGAUACCUAUUGAUAUUUUAGAGAAUCAUAAUAAUAUGGAAUAUCGACAAUCACGUUUAACAUAUUGUGACAGGUGGAAUGAUGUAUGGGAAGAAGUAAUAAGAAUAAUGAAUAACAGAAGAAGAUAA